AUGCCUUACACUGCCAUUACUACUACUAUUACUACUGCUACUACUACUACUACUACUACUACUACUACUACUACUACUACUACUCACACUACUACUACUACUGCUACUACUACUAUUAUUAUUAUUAUUGCCGACCAAUCUCAUAUGGGGAUGUCCACUUGGAAGCUUUCAAUUGUUUUCAAGUGUACUGCAUUUUCCUAA